ACUUCAUGAAGAAUGUGCACAGGAAAACCGACCAUGUAAUUCUCUUGUACGUCCCUGAGUACCACACAAUCAUUCAGUCACCCAUGGUCAUGACUGAUGUCAGUGUGGUUACUGACCUCCUGCAGGAGGAGGAGAAAAGGAUCAAAUGCUUCCUUGAGCAGCUGGGACAGACACUCAAGAGUGCUGGCAUUGGCGGCAAAGUCAAAAGUGUUGGUGGCACCCCUGGAGAAGUCAUCUGCAAGGUGGCAAAGGAUGAACAGGUUCAUUUGACGGUGCUGGGGUCACGUGGUAUGGGCACUAUUCGGCGCACUCUCCUGGGCAGUGUCAGCGACUACGUUAUGCACCAUUCCCAUGUCCCAGUGCUGAUAUGCAAACACCCAGACACCCACAAACACUGA